AUGGCGGCGGCGGGUGGCGGAGGCGGCGGGGCCGGGCCGGGCCGGGCUUUGCAGGCCGCUAUGAGGGCGGCGAGCGGGGCUCUGGAGAUGGACAGCGGGGGGAGGCCGAGGGAGGCGUACGUGGAGUACCUGAAGAGCAUCGCCCUCAUCUCGCAGGCCCUGCAGGACGAAGCGGCGCUGACAGAUGGGGGCGAGGGGCUCGGCCCCGACACCCCGAAGAUGCUGAAGUUGGCAGAGCAGUGCCUGGAGAGGGUCAAGUCCCUGGCGGCUGUGCUGGGCAAAGCCAAGGUGAUACCAGCCCCGCAGGAGCGCGGCGGGGGGCCCGCUCCCAUCACCAGGCACCGCAGGGUCUUCUCGGAUGAAGGGGGCAAGCUCUCGCCUUUCCUGCCGCCGGAGAUCUUCCAGAAGCUGCAGAUCGCCGAGGCGCAGGGAGCCCGCAAGGAGCUGACGCCGCUGGAGGAGGCGUCGCUGCAGAACCAGAAGCUGAAGGCUGCCUACGAGGCGCGGGUGGCGCGGCUGAACCCCAGCCAGGCCGUGCAGAAAACCUCGCUGACGCUGUCCCUGCAGCGGCAGAUGAUGGAGAACCUGGUGAUCGCCAAGGCACGGGAGGAGACCCUGCAGCGGAAAAUGGAGGAGCGGCGGCUGCGGCUGCAGGAGGCGGCCAACAGGAGGUUCUCCAGCAGCGUGGCCCUCACCCCCGAGGAGCAGGAGCAGAGAGCGCUCUAUGCUGCCAUCCUCGAGUAUGAGCAGGACCACGACUGGCCGCGGCAGUGGAAGGCCAGGCUGAAGAGGAGCCCGGCAGACCUGUCCCUGGUGACGGGGCUCUUUUCCUGCCUCCUCAGCUUCCCCGAGCACCCCAUUGCCCAGCUCCUGCGCAAGCUGCAGUGCGCGGUGUACACCCGGCUGUACCCGGCUGUCAGCCAGAGCAGCCCCGAGGCCGCCCCCGCGGCCCCCGCCGGCCUCGCCUUCCUCUCGCUGGAUGCUGGGGGGCCGCUGCCUGCGGAGCCGGGGGGCCGGCGGCUCCGAGCCUCCCGCAGCCUGCACUGCAUGUUCUCCGUGCCCGAGCACGGCCCGGCCGAGCUGCGGCACAGCCUCUCCAGCACGCCCCUCGCCGACAGCAGCACCGACGCCCCCGGGACAGAGGGGGACCCCCAGGCCCCCCGGGAGAGCUCCUUCGAGGACCUGGAGCGGUUUCUGGCGUCACCCGAGGACUGGCCCCUGGGGGAGCCCCCCGCUGGCCCCGGGCAAGCGUCGUCGCUGCAGGAGCAGCUGAAGGGCGUCGUGCGGGACAUCCACAACGCCAUCGACAGGCUGCUGUCCCUGACCCUGCUGGCCUUCGAGGGGCUGAACACCGCCGCCGGCAAGGACCAGUGCCUGGCCUGCAUCGAGGAGGCCUUCUUCCCCCCGAUCUGGGCCCCGCUGCUGGCCCUCUACAGGAGCGUGCACCGGCCCCGCGAGGCGGCCCUGGCCCACAGCAUGGAGCGGCACCGCAACGCCAGCCCCGCCGAGAUGGGGCUGCCCUCCCGGCUCUUCCCCGCGGCACCCGGCUCUUCCCCCGCCUACGGCGCCGCCGUCGAGGACCUGCGCCUCAUCCCGCUGGAGACGUGUCCCCGCAGGAAGCUGGACUGCAUCGUGCGAGCCCUGCGCAGCAUCUGCGAGUGCGCCGAGGAGUACUGCAGCGCCCGCGACAGCCGGGCCCCCGCCUCCGGCACCAUCGGUGCGGACGACCUGCUGCCCCUCGUCUCCUUCGCGGCGCUGCGCAGCGGGCUGCCCCAGCUGCUCCCCGAGUGCGCGGCGCUGGAGGAGUUCAUCCACGAGGGGUGCCUGCUCGGCGAGGAGGGGUACUGCCUGACGUCCCUGCGGAGCGCCCUGGCCUACCUGGAGACCCUGCCCUGA